AUGACGCCCAUCGGGAUGAAAAAUGUUGUACCACCCUACUUGAUACUUAUAGACUACAUCUUCACCUCCCAGCAAGGUGGAAUCCUGGAGGUCUAUAUAGAUGAUUUCAUUGUCAAAAGUAAAACCGAAUUGGAUAUAGUUUGUUGCCCGAUUUUUUCAUGGGGGAUGAACAAAUAUUUUUCAUGGGGGGAGGGGCUAACAAAAGCAUGCUUUGUCAGAGCUCAAGCAGCACGUUUACAACCAGCCCUACCUAGUCCGAACCAUUAUAGGCGAGGAUCUCAGACAACGCUAACCUGCUCUCGUCUGAAGAGGGUCCUAGGGAGCAUCAUUAGCCAAAAUCAGGGCGCCUUUGUAACAGGGAGGCUCAUCUCACACAAUAUUCUACUGUGUCAUGAUUUGGUUAAGCAUUAUUCAAAGAGGAACUGUUAUCCUAGUUGUAUGAUUAAGGUGGAUUUGAGGAAGACUUAUGAUACCAUGGACUGGGAUUUUAUUCAUGACAUGCUGAUUACUUUAAAUUUCCCUCCUCAAGUGAUCAAGAUUAUUAUGGUAUGCAUCACGUCCACACAAUACUCUCUUAUGGUCGAUGGCAGCCCUUCUAAUAUUUUCAAGCCUAAAAGAGGCCUACAACAAGGAGAUCCACUAUCCUCUCUCCUAUAUGUUAUAGGCAUGGAGUAUUUGUCCCGGAUCCUCAUGGAAGCAGGUGGUAACCAACAGUUUAGAUUUCACCUUAGAUGUAAAGGUCUCAAGCUAAAUCAUUUAUGCUUUGCUGACGACCUUAUGCUCUUCUGGGUCCAAAAUCCAGUUCAAAUACGAGCUAAUAUGCUUGAUAUGCCCCUUGGUAAACUUCCCGUUAAAUACUUAUUAAGUGUGCCUCUCACGUCCAAACGCAUUACUGGUACUGACUGUCACACACUUGUAGAUAAGAUGACAGCUAAAAUUCGCUCUUGGAGUUCCAAAUUUCUCUCUUAUGCGGCACGAGUCCAGUUGGACUAUGUAGUACCUCAGAGCAUUUGCACAUAUUGGAGUCAACUUUUCAUUUUGCCAAAAUUAGUCAUCAAGAAGGUCAACGCUAUUUGUAGAGCAUAUAUGUGGCAUGUGGAUCCAAACAAUACAGCCCUAGGUAAUAUCAACUGGACUGAUAUCUGUAAGCCAAAGAAGUUAGGUGGUCUAGGGAUCAAGAUUAUUGGUAAAUGGAAUGAGGUUGCGGUAGGUAAAUUAGCGAGGCAUGUGGCUUACCUUUCUGAGUCACUAUGGGUUCGUUAG